UUGUGAGGAGCGGGAGGCGGAGGCUGCCGCGCGGACCCACGCACCGGGGAGGCGGAGAGGAGCGGGCGAGCUCCCCCUACAGCCUGGCCGGUAGUUAAAACCCACAUCAUCCAGAGAAGGAAGAGAGGUUAAAGGGAAGAUGAAAGGAUUGAGUUAGUUGGCUGCCUUGUUCAGAGUGUACUGCCUCUUGUGCACCUUCCAUAAUGACUGUGAAGUCCUCUGGCCGUCAGACUUCAGGAAAAGUGCAAAAUGUUUCAAAUUCCUGUUCAAAAUCUUGAUAAUAUCAGGAAGUCUCGAAAAAAGGUGAAGGGCAUUCUUGUGGAUAUUGGGCUUGACAGCUGCAGGGAGUUAUUGCAGAAUCUUAAAGGUUAUGAUCCAGGAGAAAAAUAUUUUUGCAACACUUCAUGGAGUGAUGUGUCUCCUUGGGAGUCUGUGGGCAAAAGGAAGAGAUACAGAACAAAGCCGUACUGCUGUAGCCUAUGCAAGUUCUCCUCAAAAUUUAUUACUUCAUUCAAGAAUCAUUUGCACCGUUACCAUGAAGAUGAAAUGGACCAAGAGCUGGUGGUUCCUUGCCCAAAAUGUGCAUUUGCUUCUGAUUCAAAAAUAGUGGGAAAACACAUCCGGAUGUUUCACUCUUCUAAUAGGAAAAUACAGAACUACACAGUGAGCAUUUUAGGUGGCAUGAAACAAUUCAGGAGUGACAUUAUAAACUUCACAUGUCUAAAAUGUCACUUUACAGACACACUGUACUACAAUAUGAAGAAACAUGUGCUGAUGAACCAUUUUCAAAAUUUAAUAAGCACAUAUUUUGGCCAGAGACCAGAUGAUAUUGAAGAGAAUUUUAUUGAGCACUACUGUAAGAAAUGUAAUGCUUCUGCAAACAGCCAAGAUUCUUUAAUGUAUCAUGUCUUAACAUCUGAUAUGCACAGAGAUCUGGAGAAUAAACUUAGAUCUGUGAUUUCAGAACAUAUUAAGAAACCAGGACUUGUGAAGCAAAUGCAUAUUGCUCCCAAGCCUCCCACAACUAUAGCUGCUCCAUCUUUAAUGCCCACCACUGCUCCAUCAAGCUCCGUUACUACUCCAACUUGCAUUCAACUUGCAUUUCCUCAGAAUAAUCAAAAGCAAACCAUGGUACAGGGGAAACCAGUUCAAAACACAGUUAAACCUCUGACUGUUUCAAAUGCCUCUGGUAGCCUUACACAUACAUCUCCUGCUCCAGUUGUUACUCCACCACAUGUUACUCUUGUAUCCAGUCCGCUCCCUGUAGGUCAGAAUGUUAAUCUUCAACCGCCAGUUCCACAACCUGUCUUUGUUUCCCAUAGGGUCCCUCUUAAUCAGCCUGUCAGGCCUGGGGUUCUCCCCCUUACUCAACCUGUUGGGACCAUAAAUAGACCUGUUGCUCCUGGGGUUCUUCCACUUAGUCAACCUGUCAGGCCUGGUCUUCUUCCUGUUAAUCAGCCUAUUGGGACCAUAAAUAGUCUGGUUGCACCUGGGGCUCUCCCAAUAGCUCAGCCUGUUGGUCCUGUAAAUAGUCAUGUUGGACCUGGAGUUCUCCCACUAACUAGACCUAUUGCACCUGGGGUUCUCCCUAUAAAUCGACCUGUUGGGAAUAUGAAUCAACCCAUUGGUCCUGGGGUUCUUCCUGUGCCCCAGACUGUUACCUCAGGGGUUCUCCAGCUUAAUCAGCCUGUUACUUCAGGGAUUCUCCCUGUAAAUCAGCCCAUCAGACCUGGAGUUUCUCAAAAUACCACUUUCCUGACUGCAGGACCUAUACUUAGACAGUUAAUUCCAACUGGUAAGCAGGUUAAUGGGAUACCUACAUAUACCCUUGCACCAGUUUCAGUUACUUUGCCUGUACCACCUGGUGGCGGGGUAGCAACUGUUACACCACCGCAAAUGCCCAUUCAGCUAAUGCAGUCUGGCACAGUAACUCAGAUAUCUCGCUCUCCAGCUAGUGCACCUUCUCCUCCUGUUGUUGUGACUUCUUCCCACAAUAUGUCUGCGCAGGCUUCUCCACCUGCUCCUGAAACAAGCCAAGCCCUCAAACAGGCUAAGCAAUGGAAGACAUGCCCUGUUUGCAAUGAGCUCUUCCCAUCAAAUGUCUAUCAGGUCCACAUGGAAGUGGCUCAUAAGCACAAUGCAAUAAAAACAGAGGAAACCCUUGAACCUGACAAGCUUGCAGUAUGUGCACCCUUUUUGAGGUGGAUGAAAGAGAAGACUGUCCGGUGUUUCUCUUGCAAAUGUUUCCUGUGUGAGGAAGAACUUAUAAAACAUCUACUGAUGCAUGGUUUAGCUUGUUUGUUCUGUACGUAUACUUUCCGUGAUCUAAAAAGCCUUGUGGAACACAAUAAGACUGUGCAUAAUGGAAAGAAGAAGUUACAUGAAGACUACAGCAACAGAGGAUUUCAGCUAGAUAAUGAUGCUGAUGGUGACCUUAUAUUUCCACAUUUUGACUUCAGUACAAUGUUACCCAAAGAAGAACUUGGUGAAAAGGAAGUACACUUGGCAGUACUUGCGGGGGUAAACUCGAGGACCCUUGUACCUGUCUACAUCAAAGUGAAGCCUCAGACAGCUGAAGUGAACAAUAUGUGCAGCAAAAAGGUAUUUACGUGCCCCUUUUGUUUUGGUACUUUCAUUAGCAAAGAAGCCUAUGAAAUGCAUUUGAAAGAGAGGCAUCAUAUCAUGCCAACUGUACACACAAUUUUAAAGUCCCCUGCUUUCAAGUGCAUCCAUUGCUGUGGGGUCUACACUGGAAAUAUGACUCUGACAGCUAUUGCUGUGCAUUUGCUCCGCUGCAGAAGUGCUCCCAAAGACAGCAACUCAAGUAUGAAAGUGCCGCUUGAGCGCAAUGAGAAGAAAGAGCUAUCACUUGUGAAUGGGGAAAAGCAUGACUCUGUCUCUCAAUCUGCUAAAAGAAAACAAUCUGAUCUAUGCUCUGUUGCAGAGGACCAAAGGAAUAAAGAACAGCAGCCUCAGUCCUUAAAUACUGGCACAGCUCUAGCUCCAGAUAAAGACGUGAAUCUAGGGGUAGUGCCUGUCAAACGACAAAAGGUUGAAAGCAGGACUGAGAUGAAAGGACCUCCUUCAAGUGAGGACCUCCACAUUCUAGCAUUAGAUCCUAAACAGUAUGAACACAGUUCAUAUGAAGCUCGAAAGCAGUUUCUGGCAGAUUACUUUCACAAGAGGCCGUAUCCUACAAAAAAGGAGAUGGAAUUACUGUCCUCAAUGCUAUGUGUAUGGAAAAUGGAUGUUGCAUCAUUUUUUGGAAAAAAACGACAUGUGUGCCUAAAGGCGAUAAAAAAUCGCCAGCCCUCUGUGCUUCUGGGUUUCAGUAUGUCUGAACUUAAAAAUGUAAAGCACAGUUUGAGUUUAAAAUAUAAACCGCAAGAUCUGUAAAAAUGCUUUAUAGUUUUAAAAAGAAUCAUAAUUGCAUACUUCUCAGUUUAGCAAUUUAUUACUUUGGUUUAAUUUCUUUUAACUUACAAACUGACCUUUGCAGCGUUACAGUAGUACACAAAGCCUCGUUCACAUUUUUCUGUGUUAUUGAAGAAAGCAGCAGUGAUCAUAGAACUGAGGAAGGUAGAUCCUUCAAAUUUUCAGCUCCGGAAUUUGUUUUAGCUUUAUUUUUCUUUUGUGGAGUAGGUUUUUCCCUGCCUGCCCCCCUCCAUUAGGCUUUUAUACCACAUGUAUUGUCUUUCCUGAUUAAAAUUUAUUUUUUGUCAGCAAUGUCAAUCUCUCCCUCAAAAAAAGAAAAAAAAGAGUGGGGGGGGGCAUAAUGUUGGUUUAAAAUAUCAAGACAAACUAAAUGAGAAAACAGAUCGAAUUAAAAGUAUUGGUUUAAAUUUCUUUAAACUCCUAUUUUUUUUUUCUUUUAUCCUCUAAGGAUUGUGGUAUUUAACUUCCUCCUCGUAACCCACCCAAAAAAGCUAGGUUUAUUUUAGCAAUAAUAAAAUUUAUGCAGCAAUUUUUUCCUUAAAAGAAGAGUACAUGUGCCAAUUACAGUUUCAGUGAUGCCCAGUAGCUAACCAUCUAUAUAUUUUUGGGAGGGAGGCAGGUUCCUCUUAAGCUACUGGAAUUAGGUGAUUUACACUGGCUGUGACUUUAUCCCAUUAAAAAAUAACUCUCUCUAUUUCAAAGGGAUUGCUUACUGUCACUUCGUAGAUAUGGGACACUCUCCAGUUGCUAAAUUGGUACAAUUUCAAAGCCUGUUGACCACUUAUUGCAAACGGUGAAGUAGUUUUAGAGAAGUAUCAAAUUACUUUGAUGCAUCUUGACCUCAUGUGACUUUUUAUUCACAUAUCCUUCCUUACUUGUUGAGAUCUCAGUCCAAGCAAUACUGAAGUCAAUGGGAAUGUGUCUAUGCUAACUCGAAUGUGUGUUGAUUAGGGUAUUGAGUGAAUACAUACCCCUUUUAAUAACCAAUGAGAAAUUUAGCUUAAACCACUCUCCUUUCAUAAACAGUCAGAAAGCAGUUGAAGCUAGGAGUGGAUGGAAUGGUAAUAUGGCACCUUUCGCCUGUAUGUCAUUGAUUCAAAUGGGACUUCCAUAUGUGAUGAGUACACAUUCUUGCCAUCUGACAAAUAGUUAAUGGUUUCUAUGAAAUUAAUUGGUCUCAAACUAGUUUCUAGUGAACAAGCGUCUACAUCACAAAAAGUACCUCCUGAACUGCCACUCUUGGUAAGUGAAAGUCAAAGGAUUGAGUGGGUUUGGUGAUUAAACUACCUUUAAAGUGAAUUAGGGAUGUGAUUUGUGGCCAUUUGCAUUACCACUGCUAUACCUACUAUUUGGAUAAAUGGGGGGCUUUGGUUUAAUCAGAUUGUCAGUUUGGCACCUUCCAAAAAUCACUAAAAUUACUUUGCCAAACGAGGCCAAUAACAGAGGCCAUCCAAAGCAAAUAUUACAAGUGAUCUGUCCUACCACUGAACUUGUACUGAUGACUUUAAACAAAGGCAAGAAGAAUAAUGUGCUUGGUGUGAUUAAUUUAGGUAAUAAAAAAGUCAGCCUUUUCCUAGUCAACAAAUUGUCAUCCCAUACCAGAGUUUUGUGUUUAUUAACUUGCAUGUAAAUGUAACUUUACAUUGAACAUUUCAAGCAGUUGUAUAACUGGGCAUGACUUACUGUAACCAUAACUAUCAAAGGAAAAGCUUGCUGCCUUCCUAUUUGAGCUUCUACAAACUUUAAAAUAUCUGUAUUUUGGAUUAAAAGCGUGGUAUUUUCCUGUUUUUGAAAAAACGGUGAAGUGUUCUCAUAUACUUACCAAUCCAGUAAUUUUUGUUUAAAUUGUAAAAUACAAAAAGAAAAUCCACAAUAAAAUUGAACCUAGUCAUGUAAUGCGAAGACUGAACAAAAAUCCUGUAAGGGAUUAUUAUAUUUUUGAGAGUGGGAGUUGGGGGGGGGAGGAUAGAUCAACAGGACCUAAAAACAAUAAGAAAAAUGUGAUGUGUCCUAAAAGAUAUUAGAGGAUCCUAAUCUGACUUAUGAUUUGGCUGAGUUUAAUUUGUGAACCAGUCUGGAGAGUUUAGGGGGAUUUAAAAAAAUACUUAGAGUUCUUGACUUGGAAAAAGAAAGUCAGUAGGCUCUAUACACUAUGGGCAAGAAUCAUCUCCGGUGUGAUACCAUUCAUGUCAAUGGAGUUACACGAGGGAUUUGACACUAGAUCUACAAGACCACUUAAGAUGAGUGGUUUAAGGUACUGUUUAUAUAUUACAAAUAAUGUUUCUUAUUGGGAGAGAACUAAGAAGUGAUAUUAAGAGUUGAUUCUUGGUGGAGGAAACAAUCUAGUUUUACCAGUUUUCUUUAUUGUACGCUGUCCAGGGACAAUGUUAAACAUUUUAUCUAUUUGGCUUUUGAUUUCACAGUUUCAAAUAAACCAACUUUUUAACUUUU